UCAACUUCACCUCACACCUCGCAACCAGACAUGGACCUCCUCGAGGUCGAACGACAGCGGGUGCUGCUGGAGCAGAAUCUGGCGAAGCUCAAAGCGAGCCUGAAGCACUUCCAGACGCUGACAGCAGAGUACGAAGGCUUGUCCGAAGAGAUCCAAGCGGGCGCGGACGACCUGGACCUGCAACAAAUUAGCAAAACCUACCCGGGCGACAUCGUGAAAGAAGAGGAGAUCUGCGAGUUGGCCGGCAUCCCUAAAUCACCACGUCCGCCGUCACAAGUUCUUGACCUCAUUUCUAAGCGACAGGAAUAUGUGCAAAAGAACAUCGAGACCUUGCAACGGCAAUUUUGGGACGCAGAAGCGAAACUCGAAGAACUUGACUUUGCUGCAUUUUCCAACCGGGAGAAUAGAGAGUCGAGUUUGCCGCUGACAGAGAUCCACGAGGAGCUGGACGAUGAUGGCAAUGUUGUGUCAAGUAGCUUGUCACAACCAGAAGCUACCACAGCAACACUAGUCGACACGCUUCGCAAGGCUGGACUAUCCAACAAAGACCUUGAGGCCAGCAAUGCAGCGACCGAAGGUGCUGCUGAGCGUGGAAGCGAUGAAUCGGCACCAUCGACAACUUUCACAAAACCGCCACCUGCUCUUGUCCACAUGAAAUCUGCUGCAGAUGUGAACCCGCGUCAACGUACGGAAAGCGAUGACGAGACCACGUCAGAGCGACCCUCGGUUCGCAAGAAAUCGGUUUCCUUCACGGCAGAUACGAAACCACCCCCAACGCCGCUUCGUCAGGAAUCUCAGGAUGGGAAGAGAUCGGUAUCGUUUAAUGACAAGGUGGCAGUCAUGCCAGCUGCACCCGCCCCCGACACCAGGUCUGUGUCAUUUGCACCACAAGUGGAGGAGAUACCCGCGGAGCCAGCGAAUGGUGCAGUGUCGGCAGUCGGGGGCGAACAACAAAAGGCGAGCGAAACGCGCCCAGCGACCGAUAUGCAGAAAACCCUCCGCGAGUUCAUGUUCAAGCCUGGCGAAAAAGUGCGUGAAUUUGAUUCGGAUGACAAUUUGGCAAGAGAACACAUCGUGCUCCCUGAGAACGAGUCAGAAGAAGACGCCGCUACCCGCCGAGAAAUGCUUGAAUAUCACCUGAACGAAGUUGGGCAUGUUGUGGCGCAAAUGGAUCUGGACGAGGACGACUUUGAUAUGGACGAGAAUGGAUCGCUGUCCGACUUUCCGUCUUCGGAAUAUCCAGAGGAAGAUACGCCAUACACAAGCGGUUUGUCAGAUUCUGACAGAGAAAGCGAGGAUGAAUAUGGUCGCAGUAAACGCCCCGUGAUCAGCGACGAUUAUCACAAAGAGAUGAAAGCACUACAACAGAGAUUGAUUGGAAACUUGGGACCGGCACCAUCAGCUGCAGAAGCCUCCGAGCUUGGCGCGGACAUCGAUCCUGAGCAUGUCCACAGGCUGGUGAUCAAAGACGAUAGCACACCAGCUUCGGCAUCAGCCUCGACGGCUGCGGGUGACAAAGAUGGCAAGAAGCGUGUCAGUUUCGCUGAAGCUCCAACCUUCGCACAGGAGCAGAACGUUGCCCAAAAAGUGGCCACCAUGUUGCGAGAUGAGAAUGAGACCCCGCUAGCAGACGUGGUAUCGGAACGAACCAAGAGCGCCGGCGAAGCCUCCUCUUCUCCUCUUCCUCCAACAGCAAGCUCUGGACUUCCAUCUCGUUCCAAGGCUGCCCAGAAGCGAGAGGACCAGUCUCCAGCUGCGGAUGCGACUCCCACAGGCCCAAGCGGGCAAAUCAUUGCCGACGAGCUUAUCGAGCGUCCCACUCGUGCGACAGGCGUCAAUGCCCCUUCAGUGGACGAGCCAGAUGCCAUUAUGCAGCGUCGCGAGCUGGCAGAAGAGUACUACCGACGUCGCAAUGAUAUGAUUCGUCAGCAAGGAGGCUUCAAAGCGAGCGGCGACGAGGAUGAUGACUUGAUGGAAGAGCGUGAUGGGAAGGUCAAGAAGGUCAGCAGAUUCAGAGCUGCGAGGAUCAAAUAAAGGUUGCGUAGAAAGCAACGUGAUGCUAUC